CAGAUCUGACCAGAGCUCCGGGCCCCCCUCCCCUGCCCCUUCCCCGGAGCCUCCGGGUGUACCCCGGAGCCCGGGAGCCCAGUGCGGCCCAGCCCGCCCCUCGAGCGCCCCGCCAUGAGUGAGAACCUGCUCUGCUCUAGCAGGGCCACUGUGAUGGUUUACGAUGACGUCAACAAAAAGUGGUUACCGGCUGGCACGGGGCCCCAGGCCUUAAGCAGAGUCCAAAUCUACCACAAUCCCAGCACCAAUGCCUUCCGCGUGGUGGGCCGAAAGAUGCAACCGGACCAACAGGUUGUUAUUAACUGUGCCAUCGUCCGAGGUGUCAAGUAUAACCGGGCCACGCCCAAUUUCCACCAGUGGCGGGAUGCCCGCCAGGUCUGGGGCCUCAACUUUGGCAGCAAAGAAGAUGCUGCUCUGUUUGCAGCAGGGAUGGCUGAUGCCCUGGAGGCCUUAGAAGGAGGUGGGCCACCACCCCCUCCCCCUGCAUCCUGGUCUGUCCAAAAUGGACCCUCACCAGAAGAGAUAGAGCAGCAGAGGAGGCAACAGCUAGAACACCAGGAGCAGGUGGAAAGAGACCGCCGGGUCCCCAAUGCAGGAGCCCCAGCUGGGGGGCCCCCACCCCCUCCAGGACCCCCUCCUCCCCCUGGCCCACCCCCACCCCCUGGGCUGCCCCCAUCAGGAGCGGGGCCUCCAGCCCUAGGUGGGGCGGGAGGCCCACCCCCAGCACCCCCACUGCCGUCUGCCCAAGGCCCCAGUGGGGGAGGCGGGGGUGCCCCAGGCCUGGCUGCGGCCCUCGCGGGAGCCAAACUCAGGAAGGUCGGCAAGGAUGAGUCCUCCGGGCCCCCUCCCACCCCAAAAGCUGAGAGCACUCGGAGCACCGGGGGAGGGCUAAUGGAAGAAAUGAGCGCCAUGCUGGCCCGGAGGAGGAAAGCAACUUUGAUUGGGGAGAAGCCCCCAGCCAAGGACGAACCUGCCAAUCAGGAAGAAGCUGAAACAAGAAUUCCCACACAGAAUGAGCCUGUUCGGAGACCAUGGGAAAAGAAUAGCACAACUCUACCUAGGACGAAGUCUUCCACAUCAGCAAUGAGCUGUGAGGCCCCUACCUCGACUCCCAGUACCCAUGAGGAGUCUGACUUAGACAGGAUCAAGCAGGAACUGCUGGAAGAGGUGCGGAAGGAGCUUCAGAAAGUGAAAGAGGAGAUAAUAGAAGCUUUUGUCCAGGAGCUCCGGAAGCGGGGCUCUCCGUGACCAGAGGCACCUGGGAAGGAAACGAGCCCUCUCCCACUCCCUCCUGCCUCCAGCUUUGGGAUGAGCUAUAGAAGCCUCCUCCACACCAUGGCCUUCGGCCCCCUUGGAAGAACCCAAGGAGGCGGCGGCCCAGCCCUGCCAUAUCCUCCUGGCAUGCAGAUUUGAGGCAGGGGGCUCCACCUCCCCCUUCUAUUCUUGGUCCAUUCCUCCUUUCAUCCCCUCGGGGCUCCUUCCUCUGCUUGGGACACAUCGCUCAGCUUGAAGAAGGAAAGGGGAAAGGGGAGAUCAUGUCUCCCCUUCCUGGGGCCCCUCUGAGGGCCCAAUGCUCACUUUAAUCCUUAGAAGCCUUCAAUUUUUUUAAGAAAAAAAAAUAUAUAUUUGUUUGGGAGGGAAAGGGGGGGGACUUUAUUUGUUUUUGAUAAGGGUGGGGUCUUGGCAGUCUUAAAUGCUGUAAUCCUAGCAGUCCCCCUCUGGGGGUGUAGUUCUUCCAGGGGGUAUAGGGAACCAGGACCUCUCCCCACUGCAGGGAACUCCCUUCUUCCCUCUCCCUCAAAAUAUUCCCCUUGCCCCUUUUCUAUAAGCAAUUAAGAUUCUAUGAUUCUAUAAAAUACUGUAACAUUUUUGGAAAAAAUUUUUUUUUUUUUUUUUAAAUUUGGGUAGGCCUGGGUUUUGGAGCCAUUCCCCUGGGUGACAGAGUGAGUGGAAGUGAAACACCCUUCUAGGGGGUAGGAGGAAUGUUCUCUCAUCGCCUUCCUCAUGUUGAAGUGGACUCAGUUGGAAUAAAUCUACCCUUUUCCCUAUCACACAA